AUGCUCCGCACGAUCAAAGACAUCGUCGUCGCUCACUUCCGGCCAACCCUAGACGCCAUCUUCUUCGGCCGUCACCUCCCUUGGACCCUCCGCUGGCGCCUCCUAGCCUUACAACCCAUCAUCUUUCUGACUCACUCCCUCGCCCUAGCGCCCUAUCUCUUUCGACGUCCCUACACGAUCCGUUACAUACCCAUCAGCAACGACCGCUCCCUACGUGUAUUGGUCUUCAAGGAGGCCGGCACUGGAUCGGGUCGCAAUGGUCUCCGCCCACUUCACGUCGACUGCCACGCCGGUGGCUUCGUAGGCGGCAUCCCGGAGUCCGAUGCUCGUUUCUGUUCCCUGAUCGCCAAGAAGACGGGCGCGGUCGUUGUGAGCCUGAGCUACCGUCUCGCUCCGGUUCAUCCCUUCCCCGCCGCUAUUGACGACGUUGACGCGGCGCUGGCGUGGCUCCGGGAUCACGCCCAGGAGGAGCUCGGCGCGGAUCCGAGACUGAUGACUGUUUCUGGGGCUUCGGCCGGCGGAAAUUUGGUCCUGGCUGCUAGCCAGAGUAUCCCAUCCGAAGACUUUAGAAUCCGAGCCUCGGUCACAUUCUAUGCGCCCAUCGACCUGCGUCCCAAGCCCGAGGAUAAGCCGCGCCCUGCGAACUUUCCUACAACGGACCCGUUGUCGUUCUUGUUGCCGCUGUAUGAUUCGUAUGCAGCACCUUCCAAAGCGGAGAACUGGAAUAACCCCAGGAUGAGUCCGUACUUGGCCAGAGAGGAGACUUUGCCUGAGUCGAUGCUGUUGGUGGUCGCGGCCUUAGAUAUCACUGUUCAGGAACAAUUGGAGUUCGUUGAAAGGAUAAAGAAGGAACGUGAAGAGAAGGGGAAAGAAAACCGGAAUGUCGAAGCGUUGUACGUGAAGGAUGCAUUUCAUGGGUGCCUAGAAGUUCCUGAUAUCGCCUUUUCGCUGAAGAGAAAGAUGGAGUUAUGGGAGAGCGGCAUUAAGGUUAUUGAGGCCGCUCACAAGCAGAACAACUGGCAAUGGGAGGGGAUGAAGCGUGUGUGA